AUGUCCUGCGGCCAUGUAGUGACCCCGACGUCCCUCACCAAGUGGUGCCAACAAUUGCUCAAACAGGGAAAACCCAGGUUUGAAUGCGGUCAGUCUGGCUGUAAUGCUGGGUCUUAUCAGGAGGUUUGUAAAAUGGCCAUGUUGACUGAAGAAAUGAAGACCUUUGAGACGACCUUGGCCCAGAAUGCUGCCCUCAAAGACCCUAACAGAAAGUUUUGUCCAGGCUGCAUGACUCUUGUGACCAGAGGGAGCAGCUUGAACCUCUAUGUCUGCUGCUCAGGUUGCUCAGCGAAGACGGGACGCAGCUUUGGGUUCUGCUGGCAGUGUCUGAGGGAGUGGAAAGGUCCACAGCCUCGAUCGGACCGCUAAAACGACGACUGCCACAAUUCUGCCCUGAAGACGCUGAGAGAGUGUCCAGAAGUCCAAAUCAACUCUGUGAAGGGAGUCAAGGGGUGUCCGUCGGUCCGUGCCUGUCCCACCUGCGGCUCACUGCUGCAGCACACUGGGAAAGGAUGCAAGGACAUUUCAUGUCCCCGAUGUAAGAUGACGUUUUGUUUUGGCUGCCUAAAGUCUGCUCAAAGCUGUAGUGUGACAGAAAAUCUUGGUACAAUGCCACUGGGACUUUGCCCCAGUGGCAUUGCUCCUAGGCAGACGUCCAUUCCUGUGUGGGAUGGACAUCUAUUUCUCAGAGGAAUGAACUUUGAUUUCUAUUUUGAAUCCGAUAUAGAGUUAGAUUCAGAUUUGGAUUCCUAUUCCAAUUCCGAUUCCGAUGUGGAAUGGGAAUAGACGUCUAUUCUACUCUAUGUACGUGUGAUUUGUGUUUUUUAUUUUCCAGUUUGUUCUUGGGGGGUUGGGGUUGGGGGAAGCAGUCUGGAUUAAAAAAAACCAAAACAGUUACACAAAAGUGAUUCACUGUAAAGAUGCUAUGUAGUUUGUUUUGUUGCAACCUGAAGUGUGAAAUAAACUUCAGUGGAGUUUGAAAACAAAAUAUGUGUUGAGGUUUAUGUCUGGUUGAACGAUGGGAUUUUAUUGUAAUCCAUAGGGGGAACCAGAAGAAAGUCUUUGGGAACGUCUGCUUUAAAGGAUGUCCAAACGAACAUGUAGCUUUUUGUGCUGUUUUGAUGCCUCUGUUAUUGUAUUUGUACCAAGUAAUCCUAUCAUAUUGUAUGACUCUUUCAUCAUUUAUUAACCAAUCUUUGUCAUUUGAUUGUGUUUUUGCAAUA